UUUUAAAUCAGAAACUUUAUUUGAAAUAGUUAACACUUUAGGUGAAAUAUGUAAAAAAGUUCAAGAAUCUAGUAAAUUAAAAUCUGAGUUAAAAGAAACAAGCCAAGAGGCUAUUAUUGAAGUAUUUGAAGUAAAUAAAGAAAAAUUUAAUAAAAAUG